CAGACCCAUAAUGUGAUUACGGUUUUAAUCAAAAUGUUUAUUUUUACAAAAUCACUAUUGUCUGUCCUUAUCGGCACAUUUACGACGGUAUUUUUUUUCUAUAUUCAUUUUGCAUAUGUGUUGGAUAUAUCUUUGCAAUGGUUUUACAAUAAUGUUCAAGAUAUGCAAAAAUAUGAUUAUAUUGUUGUUGGUGCUGGUAGCGCUGGUACAAUUCUAGCGACACAGCUAGCGGAGGAUAAGCAAAAAAUAUUAUUGCUAGAAGCAGGUGGUACAGCACCUUUUUUUCUUGAUAUACCACUCUUGGCCCCAAUGAUUCAAAAAACUGCCUAUGAUUGGCAAUAUAUUACUGUACCUCAAAAACAUGCAUGUAAAGGUUUAAUUAACAAUCAAAGCAGAUGGCCUAGAGGUAAAAUUGUUGGAGGAACAAGUCGCUUAAAUUAUAUGGCUUAUGUAUUGGGACAUCGAUUGGAUUAUGAAAUAUGGUUUCCAGAUUUUAUGGAGUCAAUUGCAAAGAUUAAUAAAUUAGUGAGCAUUAAUGAAUUAAGAUGGAGCUCUGAUUUUGCUGAUAUAUUUUUGGAAGCAAUAAAAGAAUUAUAUCACGAUAUAGGCGACAUGAAUUUGCGAUUAGAUACAGGUUUUAUGAAAGCUCAGUUGAUGAUGGAAAAUGGUAGAAGAUGGAGUUCAGACAAAGUUUUACGUCAGAAAUCUAGUUAUCCCAACUUGACCAUACUUACUCAUGCACGUGCCAACAAAAUACUAGUGAAUUUGGAUAAAGCUGAAGGAAUUGAAUUUCUUAGAUUUGGUAAUAAAUAUACAGCAAUAGCAAAAAAAGGAAUUAUUCUAAGUGCUGGUGUAAUUGAGAGUCCGAAGUUAUUAAUGUUAUCUGGAAUUGGACCAAAGAAACACUUAGAGGAUUUGAAUAUUAGUGUGAUUAAUGAUUUGCCAGUUGGUCAGACUUUAAUGGAUCAUAUAUUAACUGGUCUCGAUUUGAUCAUGCUUAAUACAAGUCUUGGACUGAAUUUUUCUGACAUUUCUAAUCCUAUGUCGGCUCUUAAUUAUUUCCUUUUUGGAAGAGGACCAUGGACAUCAGCAGGAGUUGAAGUAUUAGGAACUUUUCAUAGUGCAUUACAUACAAAUAAAUCCACAAUACCAGAUUUGCAAUUAAUGGUAUUACCUCUUGGAGCAGCAAAAGACUAUGGCUUCAUUCUCAAAAGAGCAAUGGGAAUUUCGGAUGAAGUUUAUAAUAAAUAUUUUGAUUCUCUUUCAAACGAAAAUACAAUUACAAUCGCUCCUGUUUUACUACAUCCUAAAAGUAGUGGAGAAUUACUAUUGCAGAGCAGCAAUCCCUUUGAUGAACCACUAAUUGAUCCGAAAUAUUUAUCGAAUAAGGAAGAUAUUGAUACUCUUAUAGAAGGAUUGUAUUUUAUAAAGAAACUUUUGAAGACGAAUGCUUUGAAAAGUUAUGGUGCAUCUCUCAACAAGAAAUGUUUUCCUGGCUGUGAAAAUCAUACAUUUGACACUAGAGAGUAUUGGAAGUGUUAUGUGCAACAUUUAACAUUGACAUCCUAUCAUCCAGUUGGUACAUGCCGUAUGAAUGAUGUCGUUGAUAAAUCAUUCAGAGUUUAUAAUACGAAAAAUUUGUAUGUCGUGGACGCAUCGGUUCUUCCGUCUCUCCCAAGUGGAAAUAUCAAUGCAGCUGUGCUUAUGUUAGCACAAAGAGCUGCUCAGAUUAUUAAAGGUAAAAAGAUAAAAGAGAAAAAAAAUAUGCAGAAGCAGUACAAAUCAUACAACAUUUGUUAUAUAUUUAAUGUUUGUGUCAAUAUGUGUGAUGUAGAUACAAAAAUAAAGCCUAUAAGUAACUAAAAUAGCAUAUUGAGUGUAUUUAUAUAAUAACGCACAUGAAAAGUUGAUUGUCAUCAAUAUGAUACAUGUUUAUUGUUAUAAUAAUAAACAAAAAACACAAGAUUUCCUUUAACUUCUAUUAAUGAUAUAGUAAUGGUAUUCUUCUCCCUUAUGAUAUAUAAAUUUUUCUCAAUAGAAUUUUAAGUAUGGCAAAAACACAUUUGUUUUAGCAAUUUAUAUGGAAUUUACUUGUA